AAAAAUAAAGAAUAAAGUGCUUUCUUGGUUUCCCUGAAGCAGUGGUUUGUCUGUUCUGUGGGCAGAGGCUGAAGAACGGAGGAGAGGAGCUUGGAAAAUCAGAGUGUAGAGAGAGAUUUGGAGGUGGGGGAAUGAAUCUUCUUGGUAUUUUACUACCCAUGUGGGUUUUCUAUUCUUUGUUCCCAAUAAUUGAUGCCAGACCAGAAAUUGCUGGGUUCUACAUUUCUGCUUCUGGGAGAGAAGAACCCAUUUCUCGCAUUGUGACCAAAAUGGAAGCUCAAUCCCCAGGAGCUGCAGAGAUUAGAGUAGUUCACCACCAAGAUUUGAACAAGAGAAUUCUCAUAGCAUUGAUUAUUUCUUCCACUCUUCUUGGAGCUGUACUGCUGUUCCUCAUAUGUUUUUGGAUAUAUCGUUGGAAAUCGUCGAACCUUGAUGAUGAAAAAUGUCAAAAGAACUUGGAGGUGUCGAAAGGGAUGUCGAUGACUCCCAUCAUAGCCAGAUUUAAUUCCUUGAGGUUGGCUAAUUUUAAAGGUUCCGUUUCGACCAUCGACUAUAAACUGUUGGAAGCAGCAACUGAUAACUUCAGCAAAGGCAAUGUUUUGGGUGAGGGCGGUAUGGGGCAUGUCUACAAAGCAUGUUUCAAUGAUAAAAUGCUGGCAGCUGUGAAGAGAAUAGACAGUGAAGGACCGGAUGCCGAAAGAGAAUUCGAGAAUGAGGUGAACUGGCUGUGUAAAAUACGACAUCAAAAUGUUAUCAAACUCUUGGGGUACUGCAUUCAUGGCGAAACGCGGUUUCUUGUUUACGAGAUGAUGCAGAAUGGAUCUUUGGAGUCUCAAUUGCACGGACCUUCUCAUGGCUCGGCUUUAACUUGGCAUCUCCGAAUGAAGAUCGCUGUCGACGUUGCAAGAGGAUUGGAAUAUCUUCAUGAGCACCGAAAUCGUCCUGUCGUUCAUCGGGAUUUAAAGUCAUCGAAUAUCCUUCUAGAUUCAGACUUUAAUGCCAAGCUCUCUGACUUUGGACUUACUGUAAACUUGGGAGCUCAAAAUAAAAACAUAAAGCUCUCUGGAACUUUGGGUUAUGUCGCCCCGGAAUACCUUUUAGACGGUAAACUAACAGAUAAAAGCGAUGUCUAUGCUUUCGGAGUCGUUCUUUUGGAGCUUCUGACCGGUAAAAAGCCCGUCGAGAAGAUGGGAUCUACUCAAUCCCAAUCUCUAGUUUCAUGGGCAAUCCCGCAGCUUAGCGACAGAUCAAAGCUACCGAAAAUUGUCGAUCCCGCAAUAAGGGACACAAUGGAUUUGAAGCACUUAUACCAAGUUGCUGCUGUAGCUGUGCUAUGUGUACAAUCAGAACCGAGCUAUCGACCUCUACUUACCGACGUUCUGCAUUCGCUCAUCCCUCUCGUACCUGUAGAGCUCGGAGGAUCGCUAAGAGUUACCGAACCACUGCAUCCGAAAGUGGCUUCGACCUGCUAGACGACAGGGGGAAACUGGAUCUGUGGCUUGGUUCAGUCACAUACUACACGGGUCAAAGUCGAAAAGAAAAAUGUUCUGUCUCGUGUCGUCGAAAUGCAGAUCGAUUUUGGCGUUUUUUUUCCCUUCUUUUCUGUUUUUCCAUUUUUAUGUAACUCUGAUUUAUCUUGAUCAGAGGCUGUCUCUUGAAGAUAUGUGAUUAGGAGGAGGCAGAUCUCUUGGCUCUUGCAUUCUUAAUUAGUAGCUGUUUAGUUAUAAAGAAAAUUGUUAUUUGAAGUUUGUGUAUGAUCUGAUAGACAAAGCCUAUAUAUAUUUCCAAAAUCUUAGUUUA